AUGGCAUCAUCAGUAGACGAUCUUCAGCACCAGUCCAAGGACAGUGUUCAUUGUUAUGGCUUCCCCCGGGUUGUUGGUGUGAAGGUUGCUCUCCGUAACACGCACCAAGGAUCCCGAGAUCCGGUUUGCAACCUUCUUACACGGGGGAGUCCCCAGCCAGACAACGUCCUUUCCCCUACAAACUUCCUGAAAGAAAUCGUGGUUCAAGAAGAAGGUCAAAAGGUAACAAUAGAAGGAGUUUACAAAGACUCACCACGUAUUCCUCUACUGGUUAAGACAGGUUAUGAAGAUUGUCAGUGUGCCCACUUUGUCUCUCCCCUAAACUUGAAACAUACGGACGUGCUGAUCCUUUCCCAGUUUAUGCGUGCAGAUGGCUGUUUGUUGCCUAAACGUGUCACAGGGCUCUGUUCAACACAACAGCGAAGGCUCACACUUCUAGUGAGAAUGUCACAGAAAGCUGGUUUGAUGCCAAAUUUGGCACCAUCACCCAGCAAGAGGGAUCCCACAAAACGGUAUGGAUCAAAAAAAUACAACAGAUACUUCGAUGAAGCUACUCUUGAUGUCAAACCUAAACGUAGAUUCCGCCGCUAAUGUUUUGCCCUUAAUGGAACUAUUUUAGUGGUAUAUACUGUAUUGUAUAUAAUGUCUAAGUGGUAUAUUUAAAUAAAUGCCGCUUAAAUUAG